CGGUUUCGUUGUGUUAAUAAGCGCUAAGUUGGAGUCCGCCUGUGUGCCUGUAGGUGUGUCUGUGUGUGCGAGCGCGCGCGUGUGUGUUCUAUACGAGGGAGGGCGAGUGCCCGCGUGCGCGUCCACGUGAAGCCCGUGUGUGAGUGUUUGCGUAUGUGCUCGUGCGAGCGCGUGGGUGGAGAGAGCCUGUCCGUAGCCUGUUCCUCCGCAGCAGCAGAGAGAAGGCGAGGAGAAAUCAUGCUGUCCGAGCAGGCAGGCACCUAGACUCAUCGCUCGGCUGUGAAACGGACAGAGCGAACCGGCUCUUUGGACAAGGAUACUCGUACUCAAGGAUGGCAGCCGUUUGCCCAGCUGCCUGAGAGCGAGCGAGGGGGCAACGGCGUCUCUUCCAGACCUCGUUCAUGGGGACAUGGGACUUCGCCUGCGCGGCUCACUCGCAACGAUUCGGCCCAAACGCAACAGCACCCCAGGCGCCCCUCAGUACCGCCCCCUGAAGGCUGCCAUUUCCUCGCCUGCACUAGAGGAUGUCUGAGCUAGACGUAGCAAGCCCAGGGGGCCCCCCCGGGGGGGUCGGCGAUGAGCUGCCCCCUCGGCCCUCCCCCUCCCCUAUAACUCCACCCCCACCAGUGCUGUGUCUUCCCCCCAGCCCCAGCGUGGAGGAGGACUGGCUGCAGGGCGACGCCCGGGCUGAGCAGCAGAGACGGGGCCUAACCCAGGGGCAUCCAAGAAAGAGACCAAAGGCCAAAGCCAAGCUGGUGCGCAGCCUGGCCGUGUGCGACGAGUCUUCCCCGCCUUUCCCCACAGAUGGUGCUGAGUGUAAUCAGGGUUCAAUUCAGCUGCAGAAUACCGCUUUGCCUUGCGUUCAGGAAGACGGCAAACCCAGCCGAGACGACUGCGAGAAGGACAGGAGCAAAGAGACAGACAGAUGUCACGAAAAACCAAAAAUCCGUGUGCUAUCAAAAGAGCAAAGCCAGGAGUACACGGACUCCACGGGCAUCGACCUGCAUGACUUCUUAGUGAACACCUUGCAGAAAAAUCCCAGGGACAGAAUGAUGCUCCUGAAACUGGAACAGGAGAUGAUUGACUUCAUAACAGACAACAGCAGCAACCCCUUCAAGAAGUUCCCUCAGAUGUCCUCCUACCAUAGGAUGCUUGUCCACCGGGUAGCAGCCUACUUCGGCAUGGACCAUAAUGUGGACCAGUCCGGAAAGUCCGUCAUCAUCAACAAAACAAGCAAUACGAGAAUACCCGAUCAGCGCUUUGGAGAGUACGUGAAGGACGAGAAGGGCGAGGACUCGCAGAAGAGGUUCAUCUUGAAGCGAGACAACUCCAGCAUCGACAAGGAUGACAAUCUGCACAGAAUUCAUCCAUUUAAGGAUGACAGGAGAAGCAAGUCCAUGGAGGAGAGGGAGGAAGAGUAUCAGCGAGCCCGGGACAGGAUAUUCGCCCAGGACUCAGUCUCUUCCCAAGAAAAUAUUUACAUUGAAACAAGGAUCGUGGAAGACUGCAAUUUAUAUAAUGACAUUCAGAAGAAACGACAGCUAUUCCGGGGCAACCGGGAUGGAUCAAGCCGCGCCUCAGGCAGCCGGCAGAGCAGCACGGAGACAGACUCGCGCUGGAACGAGCCCCGACCCUGGAGCAGCACCGACUCGGACAGCUCCAGCCGCAAUUACCGUCCGGCAGUCACCAAGACGGCCAGCAUCGGGGGCAUCACCGUUCUGACCCGCGGAGACGGAGGCACCAGUGGCCGCUGCUCCGGAAAGCUCUCCAAAGCAGGCUCAGAGUCUUCCAGCAGUGGCGGUUCCUCUGGCUCCCUCUCCAGGGUACAUCUGGCACUGCAAGGCCCCACCCUGCUUCCUGCUGCUCCGCCCAGCUCUGGAGGAUCCAUGUCCUUCUCUGAGAGUCAGGGGCCUCCCAGCAGCCCUAGCUACAUCCUGGUGUCGCUGGACGGGGCUGGCAUCCCGCCUGGCAGUAUCCUGCUCAAUCCGCACACAGGUCAGCCGUUUGUAAACCCAGACGGCACGCCGGCCAUCUACAACCCCCCCGUGGGACAGCAGCCAAUCAGGAGCCAGCUGGUUGGGCAGUCUCAGCACCAGGCCACUCAGCAAUCCCAGCAGCCUCUGCAGCAGCCGCCGGGCCAGACACAGACACAGCAGCCAAUCAGCAGCCACUUGGUCCCACAGGCUCUGGCCCCGUCCGCCCAGGCAGUGCCGUAUUCCCCGGUUUCAUAUUCGGCACAGCACCUUCUCCCCACAGCUCCAGGCCAGGCUUUCUCGCCGAGGGAUGCCGUUUCCUCCCAGUUCGGCCAGAUGAGCCUGAGCCGGCAGCCUUCAGGGGACGCCGCAGAGCCCACCAGCACCCCAGUGUACCCUCCAGGGGUCCUCGCACAGGCCCCCCAGCAGGCCAGCUUCGUCAUGACCUCCCCUGCAGGGGGCUUCACUGGAUCCGGGCCUGGGCCUGCCCUCUCUCAGCAAACCCUGCAGGCGUCGCCCACGUUUGCUCAGCAGGGCCCAUCACAGGUGCCCAUGUACUACUUCUCAUCCGGCCAGUACCCUACCUCAAACAGUACACAGUACAGGACCACCCCAGUCCAGUACAGCACGCAUAGGAACCAGCAGAUUUCACAGAACGGAUCCCAACAGACAGGAUACCAGCCCCUGUCGUCCAAUCAGCAGCAGGCUUUCCAGGGCGUCAUGGGUGUACAGCAGCCUCCCCAGAGCCAGAACUUGAUGUCAUCAAACCAGCCAGCCAAUCAAGUUCAAGGAAUGAUGGUGCCGUACCCGCCCAUGUCUUCAUAUCAGGUGCCGAUGAAUCAGGCCUCCCCAGCGAUGGCCCCACCCUCUUACCAACAGCCCCUGCUGCUGCCCGGCCAGCCACCUCAGGGGGCGCUCUCCAGCCCCGGGGUGCCCGUCUACUGCAGCAUGAUGCCCCCGUCGCCCCCGGGCGGCCUGCGCCUGGUGGCAGCGCCAUGUGGCCCAUCCAGCUCGGUGCCUGUCGUACAGGCCAGCUGCCGCACCAACUGUGCCAGCAUCAGCAGUGCUGGCUGGCAGGUGAAGUACUGAUGCCUGUCAGCGCAUCCCGCCACAGCCCUCCAUAAGGCACUACGGCGCCCCCCGCAGGCCGGGCAUCCAGCACAUCCAAUCACAGCCGUUGUGGGGGCCAAUGGGAGGACAAAACGAUUCAGCCAGUGCCGUUAUUCUGUAAAAAGACAAAAAAAGGUAUAAAAAACAACAAAAGACCAUAACUACUGAAAAUGUUUCACUGGUAAAUGGUGCAUAUGCUGAUGGCCCCCAGCAGGGGGGGCCCUGUAGCUCGGCUAGGUGACCUGCUUACACUGGGUGAACCUUCCUUUUCACUGAUUCACUGUGUAGAUUGUAAUAAACCUAAAUCGCAUUAGUUUUGUACUUUGUCUUGAGUUUGUGAAGCUGAAAGUAUUAAAAAUAUAUUAUAUAUACGCAUAAUAAAUAUAUAAUCACAUAAAUAUAUAAAUAUCUAUCUCUAGCAAUUUAUCUGUCUAUACAUUUAUUUUUAUGUGUGUAUAUACAUAUAUUUAUAUGUAUAUAUACAUACGUAAAUACAUACAUGCAUUAAAGAAGAUAUUGUACCAAAGCCUCAAUGGAAUUGCUGUAUUGAAAGCGUAAUUUAUAUACAAUAGAUUUUUUUAUGGAUAUAUGCUGUAUUGUAGUGUUUAAACACAAUAAAACUUAUUUGACCUCAUGAAGAAAGGUCACCUUUCUAA